UUUACAAAAAUAGUUUAGCAGAAAAAGCACUCUCGGAUUAUUCCUUGGAAUUAAAGCAGGCUAAUGCGUUUAUUUUUUGCCAAGAGGAUGAAUAUAAACCCUUAAACAUUCUCAAUCAGUUCGCCAAGCGUCAUUCCAACAUCAAACGUUUUCAAGGUGGCAUUUACGAACAAAAAUUAGUCGCCCAUACACUUCUUGAAAAAUGA